UGCGAACCAGACGGACAAAAUAAAGGUAUUAAGCAGGGUCGGGUGUUUCCGGUACAACGAGAAGUGAGGUGGCGAAUAUGGCUGCGUUUUCUGAAAUGGGAGUGAUGCCUGAGAUUGCCCAGGCUGUGGAGGAGUUGGAUUGGGUUCUCCCCACAGAUAUCCAGGCAGAGUCCAUACCAUUGAUUCUAGGAGGUGGUGAUGUGCUAAUGGCUGCAGAAACUGGUAGUGGUAAAACUGGUGCUUUCAGCAUCCCAGUGAUUCAGAUUGUGUAUGAAACACUUAAGGAUCAGCAAGAGGGCAAGAAAAGCAAAGCAGCGGUAAAAGCCGGAGGGGCAGUUUUCAGCAAAUGGCAGAUGAACCCUUAUGACAGAGGUUCAGCUUUUGCUAUUGGGCCUGAUGGACUAUGUUGUCAGAGCAGGGAGAUUAAGGAGUGGCAUGGAUGCAGAUCAACCAUGGGAGUGACAAAGGGAAAAUACUACUAUGAAGUGUCUUGCCACGAUCAAGGCUUGUGCAGGAUAGGGUGGUCCACAUCUCAAGCUGCCUUAGACUUGGGCACCGACAAGUUUGGGUUUGGGUUUGGCGGAACAGGAAAGAAGUCCCAUAACAAACAGUUUGACAGCUACGGGGAGGAAUUUACAAUGCACGACACCAUCGGAUGCUACCUGGAUCUGGACAAAGGGCAUUUGAAGUUUUCCAAAAGUGGAAAUGAUCUCGGACUUGCAUUUGAAAUCCCUCAACAUUUGAAGAAUCAAGCAUUUUUUGCUGCUUGUGUUUUGAAGAAUGCUGAACUGAAGUUUAACUUUGGUGGGGAAGAAUUUAAAUACCCUCCAAAGGAUGGGUUUAUUGCACUAAAUCAAGCAUCUGAUGGCCACAUUGUCAAAUCCAAACAAACGGGGAGCCCGCAAGUGACUCAGACAAAGGUUAUGCCAAACGCCCCAAAAGCACUUAUUAUUGAACCAUCCAGAGAACUGGCAGAACAAACACUGAACAAUGUCACACAGUUUAAAAAAUAUGUGGAUAAUCCCAAAGUUAGGGAACUUUUGAUCAUCGGUGGUGUAGCUGCCAAGGAUCAGUUGGCAGUUCUGGAACACGGGGUUGAUAUAAUUGUGGGAACGCCUGGUCGAAUUGAUGAUCUAAUAUCAACAGGAAAGAUCAACAUUUCUCAAGUUCGAUUCCUGGUGCUGGAUGAAGCUGACGGGCUCUUAUCUGCAGGAUAUUUAGAUUUCAUUAUGAGGGUCUAUAACAAGAUUCCUCAGAUAACUUCCGAUGGAAAGAGGCUCCAGGUGAUUGUGUGCUCAGCAACCCUGCAUUCCUUUGAUGUGAAGAAGCUCUCUGAAAAGAUCAUGCAUUUCCCCACCUGGGUGGAUCUGAAGGGUGAGGACUCUAUCCCAGAGACUGUCCAUCAUGUUGUUGUGCCCGUCAAUCCCAAGACUGAUCGGCUCUGGGAGAAGCUGGUCAAAAACCAUAUCCGGACUGAUGAAGUACAUGCUAAUGACAACACACGACCGGGUGCCAAUAGUCCAGAAAUGUGGUCGGAAGCAAUUAAAAUACUGAAGGGAGAAUAUACCAUCAGGGCAAUCAAGGAGCACAAGAUGGAUCAGGCAAUUGUUUUCUGCAGAACUAAAAUCGAUUGUGACAACAUGGAGCAGUACUUCAUACAGCAAGGAGGGGGGCCUGGCAGAAAAGGACACCAGUUUUCAUGCGUCUGUCUGCAUGGUGAUAGAAACCCACAUGAAAGGAAGCAAAACUUGGAGCGAUUUAAGAAGCGGGAGGUCAGGUUUUUGAUUUGCACUGAUGUUGCUGCAAGAGGUAUCGAUAUCCACGGCGUUCCAUUUGUUAUCAACGUCACGCUCCCUGAUGAGAAACAGAACUAUGUGCAUCGUAUUGGAAGAGUGGGAAGAGCUGAGAGGAUGGGUUUAGCCAUUUCCUUAGUGGCCACUGAGAAAGAAAAGGUUUGGUACCAUGUGUGCCCGAAUCGUGGGCGAGGCUGCAAUAACACUAGACUGAAGGAGGAUGGAGGGUGUACCAUAUGGUAUCAUGAGCAACAGCUCCUUGGAGACAUUGAAGACCAUUUGAAGUGCACCAUCUCUCAGACUGACCCUGAUAUCAAAGUACCUGUGGAUGAAUUUGAUGGCAAAGUCACCUAUGGCCAGAGAAGAGCAGCUGGAGGUGGGUUAUACAAAGGCCAUGUGGAUGUUUUGGCACCUACAGUACAAGAGUUGGCUGCCCUUGAAAAGGAGGCACAAACGUCUUUCCUGCAUCUUGGCUACCUGCCCGGCCAGCUGUUUAAAACCUUCUAAUAGCAGCACGGCUAGCUUAGAGAGAAGACAUCACAAAAAAAGUGACUGACAGAAUACAAUUAAAACCACAAUGCUUUAUUUCAAAUGAUAGAAGUUUAACUGAAAAAAUAAGCAAAAGAAGCAUUCUGUUUAAAAGCUGAUAUGUAAAAGAAUGACAUUUUGAUUUAAAAACAUAUUUGUUUCGUUGUCUAUACAACCCCAGCUUGGCACUACAUUUGAUGAAAAAUGUUAUUGUGAAAUAAAAAGGCAUAAAUAUAGAUCUGUGAUCUUUUGGGGUUUUUUAUACUUCAAAAGUAAGGCCCAUCAACAUAUUAAGGUUUUAACAGCCACAUGCUACUUAUUGUUCAGUCAAAAUCAAACAAAUUAAUGUGGCUCCUAACCUGUGUCUUUCUGUUGUAGUCUACUAUUACUGCAGUGUCAGGAAUAUGUUAUCUUGUAUGAUGUGGCAGUCAUGAAAGGGUAGAAAGAUCCCCUAACUCUAAAACCUGGGUAAUGUAAACUUGAGGUUGUAAGUUUCUGUUUAAACUUUAACACAUUUUAAAUGUUGGUAACCAGUCUAACCCACAAGCACUCCAAAAAGUUUGAAAUAAAUAACUGCAAUAGUAAAGACUUUAUUGACUGGUUUCACACACUUGGAUUAGUGCUGAUCUUGGACAAACUCAAUCUUAUUUUAGGAACAGUAGUCCUAGACUACUGCUAAUCGAGGACUGUGAAACCAUCUGUACAGUAUGUGUACAAAACUAACAUGAAAUGGUCUAUGAAUAAAUACUGAAUUAUAAAUACUUAUGCUGCAUACUCACUAUAGCAUAAGCACAUCUAUAUUUCACAUGCAAUUCUCUGACAAAAUUCUUAUGAUUGUCGAACAACGGACCCUGAUAAUGUAGGUUCUGUAAGUCAAAUGACAUUGUUGCAUCGGUGGGUGCACAUGAUGGUGGCUUUUUUAUGUGUCUGGAAACCUAGUGUAUUCUGGGAUGUCGCUGGGAGACACAUUAGUUUUCUGAACUUGCUACUGUUAUCCAAGGAGUAGAAAAUGUUAAUACAUUUAGUAAAAUAUGCAACAAUUAGAAAAGCUUUAGUUUUAUAGCACUGUACUGAAUUACAUAUAUUUAUUUGUACUGUAGUUAAGUUUUAGGUUUGUUUCCAAGUAUACGCAGAGGACUUGAAUGCUUGAUGAUUUAUUAAGUUCCUACUAUUUUCUUGUUUAAACCCCCCCCCCCCCCCCC